AUGCCGGAAAAGGUUCGUACCGUGUUCGCGGACUCGGACGACGAGAAAAUUGUGAAGCCCAAGGUCUUGCCUCAAUCCACAGAAGAGCCCGAGCGGAAGAAGAAGAGAAGCAAGAAGCGCAAGCUCGAUGAGCGCGAAGCCUCGAAACUCGCCGAUCACGAUGAGCUGAGGGAAUUCCCUGCGCCUGCAUCUACCAAGCAGGUAAAAACAACAUUUCCUGUGUCAGAAGAGAAGCCAGAGACAGCAUCAAAAACGAGCGGCUUGCCAGCAUCAAAGUCGUAUCUGAAAUCGAAGCCGAGACCCUUCGCCGAUACCAAAACCAACUUCACACCCUUACGAGAAAAGGCCAAAGCCCUCCUCGAGACACGAAGAAAGCUCCCCGUAUUCGAAAAUGCCGACUUGAUCCGCGAGCUCCUAAGAGAACAAGAUGUGAUGCUUUUGGUCGGAGAGACGGGUAGCGGAAAGAGUACACAGAUUCCGCAGUUCCUGGUAGACGAAUUUUGGUGUCGGCCCGUGCCUACACAAAUUAUACGGGAUGGAAAGACGGAAAAGAAAAUGGUGGGAGGAUGCAUCGCUAUCACUCAGCCAAGACGAGUGGCUGCCAUUUCGCUGGCCCGCCGUGUAGCUGAGGAGAUGGGAACGCCGCUUGGAUCACACUCGCCUGCUAGCAAGGUUGGCUACUCUGUGCGUUUCGAUACGUCUACAUCACCUAGUACACGGGUCAAAUUCUUGACGGAGGGAAUGCUACUCCAAGAGAUGUUGCACGAUCCGAAUCUGACAAAGUACAGCGCUAUUGUUGUUGAUGAGGUCCACGAACGAGGCAUCAACGUGGAUUUGACACUUGGAUUCCUGCGUAAUCUAGUAUCUGGAAAGAAGGAGGGCCGGGGUGGUGUACCACUCAAAGUGGUCGUCAUGAGUGCUACAGCUGACAUGGAGAGCCUAACGGACUUCUUCCAAGCUGGGUUCAAACGUCCGGAGCCAGCGAAGAAGGCUAUCGAAUCAGCUGAGGCUGAAGCUGAUAAAAUGGACACUUCGACCCCCAAAGACAUCUCUGUCUGCCACAUUAAGGGACGGCAAUUCGCGGUCAAAACUAUCUACUCGCCCGCGCCUGUACAUGACUUCGUGGAUGCAGCGCUCAAAAUAAUCUUUCAGAUUCACCAGAAGGAACCAAUGCCGGGUGAUAUCCUGGUCUUCCUGACUGGUCAGGAAACUGUCGAGGCCUUGGAACAUCUGGUUAAUGAAUACGCCAUGAGCAUGGACCCAUCUCUUCCUAAGAUUCUAGUUCUACCUCUGUUCGCCGCGUUGCCACAGGCUGCUCAGCAACGCGUAUUCGCCCCUGCUCCGCCGCGAACGCGCAAGGUUGUGCUGUCCACUAAUAUUGCCGAGACCUCCGUCACUGUGUCUGGUGUACGGCACGUGAUUGACUGCGGCAAAGCAAAGGUCAAGCAGUUCCGCACUCGUCUUGGUCUUGACUCACUCCUGGUAAAGCCUAUCUCCAAGUCUGCUGCGAUCCAGAGAAAGGGUCGAGCGGGUCGUGAGGCUCCUGGUCAAUGUUUCCGUCUGUACACAGAGAAAGAUUAUCUGGCUUUGGAUGAGACAAAUACUCCCGAAAUUCUUCGCUGCGAUCUGAGCCAAGCCCUGCUGAACAUGAAAGCGCGUGGUGUGGAUGAUAUUGUUGGGUUCCCCUUCCUAACCCGUCCACCACGCGAGGCCCUCGAGAAAGCUCUCCUGCAGCUACUGAACAUUAAUGCCCUGGAGGAUGAUGGAAAAAUUAGCGCUGUCGGUCUGCACAUUGCUAAGCUACCCUUGACUCCAACUCUCGGACGUGUCUUGUUGGCAGCUGCUGAAAACGGGCAUGAAUGCUUGCUUGAUGUCAUUGAUAUUAUCUCUUGCCUGAGUGUGGAAAACAUUUUCCUGAACACCACCUCGGAAGAGAAGAAAGAGGCAGCAGAGGCAGCCCGUCGCGAUUUAUACCGUCGCGAGGGCGACCACCUCACAAUGCUGAUGACCGUACGUGUAUAUGCUGCUGAGCAAGCCGACCGUAAGGCAUGGGCAGAGCGACACCUAGUCUCCCAUCGGGCGAUGCAAUCAGUCAUGGACGUCCGCAAACAACUCCGCACCCAAUGCCGACAAGCCAAACUGCUCACCAAUGAAGCCUUGAACAAUACCACAUUACACGACCCUUCGCCGAUUCUCAUUCUCCAGAGUUUCCUAGCCGGAUUCGCGACUAAUACGGCUCGGCUCGUUCCCGAUGGUAGUUACCGUACGAUCGUCGGAAACCAAACCGUCGCCAUUCACCCAUCAAGUGUGCUUUACGGCAAGAAGCUGGAGGCUAUCAUGUACAACGAAUUUGUGUUCACCAACCGCAGUUACGCGCGUGGCGUCAGUGCUGUGCAGAUGGACUGGGUGGGAGAGGCGCUGGCUGGAAAGGAAUGA